CUCAGAUGAUAAUGGCUUUCUCUACUUUAUCCGAGAUACUUACCGCCUUUGUGGUCUUCACAAUUGCGUCGGGCUCUCCUCUACCCCACCGAGAUGUAUCAAAGCCCCCUACGAAAGACCCAUUCUAUUCUCAUGCAUCUGGCUUCAAGGAUGCAUCGCCUGGUACUAUCUUGAAGCAUAGAACGCCUCCGGGAGAAUUGGGAGAUUUUGGAACGAUUCCCUUGAACCUCCAAUCAUCACACCAGAUCCAAUACCGGACAACAAACAGCCAAGGAAACCCUGAUACUGCCGUAACCACCGUCCUAGUCCCCGAAGGCGGGAAUAUGUCUCGUCUGGUCUCUUACCAGGAUAUUCAAGAUGCUUCGUAUCUGAACUGUGCUCCUUCAUACGCCAUUCAAGUAGGCUCAGAUUCCAACAAUUCCCUCUCCAAGUCCAGCUCCAUCUUUGAAGCUGGUCUUCUGUCUCAAGGUUAUAUUGUUAGUAUUCCCGACUACCAAGGUACUCAAGCUGCUUUUUCCUCCGGCAUUCAAGCAGGACAAGCGACCCUCGAUUCAAUCCGAGCGGUUCUGUCUUCAUCCUCAAUCACUGGUAUCUCAUCCAAACAUGUCGAUGUCACCAUGUGGGGAUAUUCAGGUGGCUCGAUAGCUACAGGAUGGGCUGCCGAAAUGCAACCUUCCUAUGCACCUGAACUGAAGAUCGCUGGAGCUGCGAUCGGAGGCACUGUUGUAAACCUCAACAACACGAUCCAUACCAUGAACAAAAGCCAAUAUGCUGGUCUUGGCCUAGCUGGUCUAUGGGGUCUGUACCAAGGAUUUCCAUCUCCCGAGCUAGAAAAACUCUUGGAUGACGAGACAUUUCUUGAGAACCGGACAGAACUCGAGAGUCCAAGAUCACAAUGCGCAGGAGCGGAUUUCAGCCAGUUCGAUGGAAAGGAUGUGUUCAAAUACUUCCGCAACGGAGAAGGCAUCUUGAAUAGUUCGCCUUUGAGAGAAAUCAUCGAAAAGGCUGGUGUCAUGGGGAAACGAGACGUUCCUCAAAUCCCGCUUUACUUCUACAAGGCAAAAGGAGAUCAAGUCAAUUCCAUCGACGACAACGAUGCAUUGGUUAAGAGUUACUGCGAUCGAGGCAUUUCUUCCCUUGAGUAUGUCAGAAGCUCGAUCGGGGAUCACACCAGUGAGUCAAUGGUGGGAUCUGGUGGUGCUGUAAAAUUCUUGAAGGAUAGAUUUAAUGGUGUUCCGCCUACGCAAGGAUGCAAGACGAGCGACUUCUGGUUCAUGGAUCUCGAUUGGGAUAACUUUAAGAUGUUUGGGAACGAGCUUGUUGGGGCUGUAAAGGCGAUGUUCGGUGUACCUUUCAAAGUUUAGUUCUGACGAGCUAAUGAAAAGUUUUGCUUU